ACUCUAACAUCUCAUGGUCUAUUAUUGUUAUUAUUAUUUUUAGCGAUCCAACUGAAACUUAAACUAAAUCUUAUCGUUUAGUAACUGCCACAUUUUGCAGGUAAUACUAUUAGCACAAUGUCCGGACACGGGGACGGCCACGGCCACGGUCACAGCCACGACUGUGGCGGACACGGACACAACGGAACCGAGGACGUCCCCGAUUCGGAAAGAAUCGCUCAGUACAGUCUUUACGCGAAAAUCGAUUUGGAGAGAGUACAGUGUUUAAACGAAGUCGUUGAUGGGUCCGGUAAAACAGUCUUUAAACCAUGGGAUCAGCGACUGCAGAAAGAAGAGUUUGUUGAAAGUGAUGCUGAUGAAGAAUUGCUGUUCAACAUUCCAUUUACGGGGGUUGUCAAGUUGAAGGGGGUGAUUAUAAUUGGAGGACAAGAUGACAGUCACCCAUCACGUAUGAAACUAUUCAAAAACAAGCCGAACAUGUCAUUCGAUGAUGUUGGAAUGGAUGCAGAACAAGAGUUUGAGCUGUUUCCUGAUCCUCAGGGAAUGCUAGAAUAUUCUACUAAAGUUGCAAGAUUCAACAAUGUUGAACACCUCUCCAUCUAUUUCCCAGCAAACUUUGGCAAUGACAGCACAUUAGUCUACUACAUUGGUCUAAGAGGUGACUUCAUGGAGGCUCGCAGACAUGAAGUUACAAUCUGUGCAUAUGAAACGCGUGCUAACAUUGCUGACCACAAAACAAACAUUAUGGAUGGUGUGGGGCACAUUGUAAAAUGAGAUUUCACGAUUCCUAAUACAUGUGCCAGGUGAUGUGAUAUAUUACCUGACAACAAUAUAAAAGCAUUGUACCGGUGUCUGCAGUUUUUUAAUCUACCAUGCUGUGCAGAUUCAUUGUUCGCUGAACCAUAAUUUAAAUGUUACCGAUUUGGUGGCCCAAACUGUGUUAAUUUAAGUUAAUUUUUCAAUAAAUUUUAAAAUAAAAUUGAACUUCUAUCUGUUGCUUUGUGAUUCAUGCCGGUAACAUAUAUAGUAAACAUGCAUGUCUGGAUUAAAUCUUAAUGACUAUGCCAAAAAGACAUGGCAUGGAUAUUGGCUGCUUGAAAAUGAUGGGUUAAUCGGCCAGGAAAUCUGCUUCAAGAUGGGUUUUGUUUUAGAUUAUUUGCUUCCACAACAGACAUGAUUAUCACAUACUGUGGCCCUCGAUAUACCAGGCACUGCAUGAACGUCAAUGAAUAUUGCGAACACUCAUCUCUUUAGUCCAGCAAAGUACUAGUAGGUGCACCACGACUGGUAUAUCAAAGGCCGUGGUAUGCACUAUCCUGUCUGUGAGAUGGUGCAUAUAAAAGAUCCUUUGCUGCUAAUCGAAAAUAGCCCAUGAAGUGGCGACAGUGGGUUUCCUCUCUCAAUACCUGUGUGGUUUUUAACUAUUAUAACCGUAACCAUGUGUUGAGUGUGUCGUUACAUAAAACAUUUCCUUUCCUUUCCUCAUCAACAGGUGUGUAAGAAACCAGUGUACUUCACCGCACACACCUAAUAUACUGGUACUCAUCUUGCCCUAUUCCAGAUUUUGCUGAACUGAAUGUACACAUUUAUUUAUUUAUUUUUUCAAGUUGCUAUCAAUGUACAUGUACUUCAUUUUUGUUGUUGCAGGCUCGCAGACAUGAAGUUACAAUCUGUGCAUAUGAAACGCGUGCUAACAUUGCUGACCACAAAACAAACAUUAUGGAUGGUGUGGGGCACAUUGUAAAAUGAGAUUUCACGAUUCCUAAUACAUGUGCCAGGUGAUGUGAUAUAUUACCUGACAACAAUAUAAAAGCAUUGUACCAGUGUCUUCAGUUUUUUAAUCUACCAAGCUGUGCAGAUUCAUUGUUCGCUGAACCAUAAUUUAAAUGUUACCGAUUUGGUGGCCCAAACUGUGUUAAUUUAAGUUAAUUUUUCAAUAAAUUUUAAAAUAAAAUUGAACUUCUA